UUUUGAUCUGUUCUUGUCAUGUUUUUGUUCAUUGUUUAUGACUAGUAUUUUUUUUUAUUAUUUGUUUAUUUCCUUAAUUUUUCGUGUUUAGGGUUUUUUCUUUGUUUUUUUUUUAUGUUGUGGGUUUCAAUCUCAUUUUUUUCCAAAUUAGUUUUGUAAGUUCCAUGUUAUUAGUUUAGUUGUUUAAUUUAAAUUAUGUUCAGCGAAAGAUGUGGUUUCACUCGUUGCUUCAUUGUGAUCAGUUUCUUAGUGAUUCUGUAAGUUUUGUGUUGCUUUUUUGUUGUUUUUAUGUUUUUUGUCAGUAUUAUUUUUGUUUAUUCAUGUUUUCAAUUUUUUCAGCACAUAGAUGUGAUUUUUUAUUAUUUUAGAAAGAAAGUUAAGUAUUCUACUGCAACAAACAUGAAGAUCACAACUACAGAUUGCUAUUUCAAUAGCAGCAUCAGGUCAUUGCAUGAGAAGUAUGUAAGUAUGAAUGAACAAAUGUCUCUUGUUCAUUCCAAGCACCAAAUUUCUCAUUUCAUAAAGGGUAAACGACUUCGAUGUGGUACACGUUGGAGUUAGGCUAACCAUGUGUUGUUAUUGGUGCACAUAAAGAUUGUUAGUCAUUGGGUUAUGGGUAGGGUUGACAUGAAGUCUAGAAUUAUAUAUUUGUAUAAUUCUCUAAGGACACCGAAGUAUCGGUUGCUUCUUUGCUUGCUUUGGAACCUUAUUCUGUCAUGUUGUCAUUGUUUUUCUCUCUGCUGGGUGUUUAUGAUGAGCUUCCUUAUACCUUACCAGCAUCUGUGAAUCCUGUUGCACCUUUCCCUAUUGUCAAUGCUGAAGUACUUCCUGAACAAGUGGAUAAUGAUUGUGGUGCGUUUGUUGCUACUUUUGUUGAGUAUUUCAUUGAGGGAAAGAAUAUUCCAGCUGACUUCGAUGUUGAGGAGUAUCGCCUUAGGCUUUCUGUGUUGCCAUACAAGUUUGGACUUAUGAAACAGAUUGACAAUGUUGAAAGUGAGCUAGAAAGCCCACCUAAAUCUCCAAAGAAGACGAAGGCAAAAGCUAAAGGGAAAGCGAGGGCAAAAGCGAAGUGAUUUGAAUUCAAGAAAAAUACUCUAUGUUUAUCUUUUUUUGUUUAGCCAGGAUAUGAUAUAAUACGUUGAUAUUUUGCUGUAGGCUUCUGUAUGUUUUUGUGUUUUUAUGUUGUUUAGCCAUUAAAGCAGUUGUUGGUGUAUUGCUUAUGGCUAUUUUUAUGUUUUUGUUAUGUGUUGUUAGCCUAAAGUACAGAGCAAUGUUGGUUCAUUACUGAAUCUUUAUAUUCUAUAUAAUGUUGAUAUUAUGUA